AGCUAUAGUGCCCUCGCGACCGUCGGAGAACACGACACUUUUUCGGGAGGUAUCAGUGGAGAGUACCCAUUGAGUGGAAAAGGAAGCAUGGCCGGCGGCGAAAUGGCAAAUGGACAACUCAUGAGUGCUGGGCCAAUGGGUGGCAAGGGUCACGUUCCUCUCCGAGAUGUGGGCGAAGAGAUGGAGGUGAGGGACGCGGAAGGACGUUAUCGACACGCGAGGCGGGCUCCAGUCGAUGAGUUUACCCUUCAACCGAUCCGACGUGUUAGCAAGGCUGGUUUGGAGACGACAUGGGAAGGCAAAGGCCUGUAA